AUGGAUCCCAUUGUGCUCUCGACGCUGGGCACGCCGAUUGUACUUUCACGUGUGGCGACGCCGCGGGGAGGCUCAUCGAUAGGCUCCCUGCACGAAAUGGGUCUGGCCUCAGAAAUCCAAAACAAAAAAAGUUGUGACAGCAGCAGAGAUGACAUCAUCAUCACACCGCAUAUCCGUUUGUUACCAGCAAAACUCGGGUAUUUUGGGUAUUUCUUCGCGUCUGGGUCCUUCUCGGCCUAUCUCGGCGUUAUAUUCACCGCCAAAGGUUUCAGCACGCCGCAUAUUGGGCUCAUUGUGGCUUCCAUUCCUUUUUUCAGCGUGUUUAUGCUGCCUGUAUUAACGUACCUCGUUGAUCGCUUUAGAUGUACGCACGCCGCCCUUGUCACGUGCUCUAUAAUGUCCUCGCUUUUCCUCGUGGUGUUCCUUGGCAGCAACACUGUGCUUAUUACUGUUGUCACAUUUUUCGCUUUGGUGGUUUUUCAGACCCCGAUGAAUCCUCUUUUCGAUCAGCACACACUCUCGAUGCUGCCGAAGGAAUCUCGAGUGGAGGCAUGGGGGGCAUUGCGGUCAUUUGGGGCAUACGGAUGGGGAGUUGGCAACCCAGUUGCUGCGUUCCUCGUUGAUGCCGUGGGAAGCUGGAGAAUCGUCUCGCUCCAGUACGCAGUUGGACAACUAGCGGUAUUAUAUUGUAUGUUCACAACGAGGCCCUACGAAGCAGUAGAGCGCACCCCGAUGCGUUUCCACGAGGUUCUACUCUUUCUUCUUCUUCACCGACGGCUUCUUCUUUUUCUUCUUGCAUCGUGCCUGAUGGGUAUGGGGUACACUUUCAUCAACACGUUCCUUUUUGUUUUCCUCGAGAGCCUCGGCGGAUCCAAACUGUUGAUGGGUCUGUCGCUAACCAUGACAGUGAGCACAGAGAUACCUAUCUUCCGAUGCUCUAGGGUUCUGCACCAUUGGUUCACCGAGCGCCAGAUGCUCUCGCUCGCCAUGUUCAUCUGGUCUCUGCGGGUGUUUGGUUAUUCUCUCCUCCAACGCCCGUGGAUGGUUCUGCUUCUCGAGCCGCUCCAUGGUGCCACGUUCGGUCUCAUGUGGCUGCCGGGUGUUCGCAUCGUAAACACCGUUUAUCCGCCGCAUCUUGCUAGCUCCGCUACAGGCUUUCUAUACAUGUUUGUUGCUGGGAUAGGGCCCAUAAUCGGAAAUAUCAUUGCAGGGAACCUGUAUGAGAUCCUCGGUCCAAGGAUGAUGUUUCGCACCGCCUCCAUUGCAAUGCUGUGCGGCCUUGCAUCGUAUCAGCUGCUCGACCGGGUGCUGGAGCGAAUGGAGCUGGAAGCCAAGGGAGUUGGCGACACUUCAUCAAGAGCGGAGAUGCGGCUGGAGUCACCCCGCUGUGGGUGUCUGGACGAAGAGAUGUGCAUGAACGCGUAA